UGCUUUAACUGAUUUUUCCCAACCGCCGUGGCCCAUGACUCGUGAGUCCUAAUUGCAAAUUGCAAAUUUUGUGCUUAAAUUUAUUUAUUGUGAUACUCAUUUCAAUUCUUCGUGACUAUUUGGUUUUAGUUUUAUUUUUAUUCUACCUAUCUACUACUAAAGUCGAAAUUGAAAACUUACGAGUUACCGUUUUCAGUCAUUACAAAAAUGGAUGAUGCACCGUCAACGUCUAAAAAUUAUAAUGAUAAGCAGCAUUCUUCAGAUGAUUCUGCCUCAGAUGAUACUACUCCAGUUGACACUGCUUUGAAUGAUACUUCAGAAGAUAAUAAUGAGCAAAAAUCCUAUGAAUGUAAAGUUUGCUUCAAACCAUUUGCACAAUAUAGUUCUUUAUGGGUACACCAAAGAGUACAUACUGGUGUAAAACGAUAUCAAUGUAAAGUGUGUCACAAAUCAUUUGCAUAUCUGGGAUCUUUAAAGGAACACGAAAGACUGCACACCGGGGAAAAGCCGUAUAAAUGUGAAGUUUGUCUCAAAGCAUUUUCACAUGCUGGAUCUUUCAGAGUACACAAAAGGGUGCAUACUGGUAUAAAACAGUAUAAAUGUGAAGAAUGUCCUAAAACAUAUUUACAUUCUUCAUCUUUAAGGCAACAUGAAAGACUGCAUAAUGGCGAAAGGCCUUAUAAGUGUAGUGUUUGUUUGAAAGCAUUUUCACAUUCUGGAACUCUAACGGAACACAUGAAAGUGCACUCCGGUGACAAGCCAUAUAAGUGUGAAGUAUGCAGCAAAUCAUUUUCUAAAUCCAGUUCGUUGAAGGUACAUGAGAGAUUACAUACUGGUACUAAGCCUUAUGAUUGUAGUUUAUGUAAUAAAUCAUUUUCAAAUUCCAAAAAUUUGAAGGCACAUGAAAAUGUACGUAAUGAUAAGAAGCCAUAUUCUUGCAAAGUGUGCCUCAAAUCAUUUGCGCGUGCUGAUUAUUUAAAGAAACAUGAGAUAAUAAACACUGGUGGCAGACCGUUUAAAUGUAAUGUAUGUCAGCAAUCAUUUUCUACAAACCAAUCUUUAAUCGUACACAAGGCAGUGCAUACCGAGAAUAAGGUGUAUAAAUGUCAUGUGUGUCUGAAAAUAUUUGCACAAGCUAGAUACUUAAAGGUGCAUGAGAAAUUGCACAGAGAUGAAAAACCUUAUAAAUGUUAUGUUUGCCUAAAAACAUUUUCACAAAUUAACAACUUACAAAGACACGAAACAGUACACACUGGUGAAAAGCGUUUUAAAUGUGGUAUAUGUCAAAAAUCAUUUUCACAUUCUGGAGCUUUAAAGGAACACAAGGAUGUGCAUACCGAGAUCAAGUCACAUAAUUGUGAUGUUUGUUCAAAAUCAUUUAAAAAAGCUAAAUAUUUAAAAGAGCACAAGAAUGUGCAUGCCGAAAUUAAAGCAUAUGAAUGCAAUGAAUGCCGAAAAUCUUUUGCACAUCGUAGUAACCUACAAAGACAUAUGAAAGUACAUACUGGUGAGAAGCCUUAUAAACGUGAACACGGGAAGGUGCAUGCAGAAGACACAUCUUCAGAUGACUCUGCUGAAGACACAUCUUCAGAUGACACUGCUGAAUACACAUCUUCAGAUGACAUUGCUUUAAAUGAUACUUCAGAAGACGAUGCUGAGCAAAAACCCUAUGAAUGCAAAGUGUGCCUCAAAUCAUUUUCACAACCUGAAUCUUUAAAGAACCACGAAAGAAUGCAUAUUACUAAAAGGCAUACCGAUAAAUUAAAAGUAUGUUUUAAAUAAUUGUAAUAUAUGAUUGAAAUCAUGUUAUCAAACAAAACCAUUGUUAAUAAAUUCCUAUCACUAAUUCUGUGAAAAAUGUUUCUGUUUAGGUUUAACGUCCCUUAAAUUAUAAUAUUAAACUUACUGGAAGCAAUACAUUAAUUUGCAUAUCCACCAUGUUAAAUUGUCUAAAAAUAUAUAUUUAU